GAGGAAUCACCCAAUAGUCAAUCCAAAAAUUAUUUUACCCUCAUUAUUAAGUGGAGCAAUUUGGGGCUGUGGAAUGAUGUGUUUGUUCCUUUCAAACGAUUUACUUACCCAAACAGUUUCAUACCCAAUAUUAAUUACUAUUCCCGGUUGUGUUGCUUCUGUUUGGAGUAUUUUUUAUUUUAAAGAAAUACCUUUGAAUCGAAAGAAUUUAUAUAUUAUUUUACUUUCAUUUACUUUAAUUUUUGUUGGUGCUUUACUUGUUUUUGUUUCAAAGAGAAGAGUUAAUUUAUAA